CCUACAUUGGAUGUCGUGUUUACAAGCGAAAGAGUUAUCGUGUUGGUGAUGGAAAGUUCUGUUAUUAUUUUGUAUAAAAUAUUAAUAAUCAGUGAUAUAAUAACUUAGAAUUUUGCAUUAUUUUAUUUAAAAGGUCAAUAUAUCGGAGAGAUAACCAAACUUAAUACACAAAAUGUUUUAUGCACAUUUUGUGCUAGCUAAAAAGGGGCCGUUAGCCAGAAUAUGGCUUGCGGCCCAUUGGGAUAAGAAGCUAACAAAAGCUCAUGUAUUUGAAACAAAUAUUGAAACAUCCGUUGAUGGUAUAUUACAACCCAAAGUCAAAAUGGCUUUACGGACAUCUGGCCAUUUGUUGUUGGGGGUUGUUCGAAUAUAUUCACGUAAAGCCAAAUAUUUAUUGGCUGAUUGUAAUGAAGCUUUUGUAAAAAUUAAAAUGGCAUUUCGACCGGGUAUGGUUGAUUUACCUGAAGAAAAUCGUGAAGCUGCUGUAAAUGCUAUUACAUUACCUGAAGUGUUCCAUGAUUUCGAUACUGGGAUGCCAGAUUUGAAUUCAUUCUCGUUUAAUUUUAGUGAUGUCGAUAUUGAGGCCCAAUUUAGCUUGAAUCAAUCUCGAGCUGAAGAAAUUACAAUGCGUGAAGAUUAUGGUAACAUAGAAUUAGUAAAUCCAGAUGAUGGUUUCGGUGAUAUGGGUUUUGAUGCAGAAUCACCAGAUUUAAUGCGACAAGCUGUUGGCUUAGAACCUUCAAUGGAAGAAGGUAUACUUUUUACAGAUGGUCCCGGUGUAUUAGAACCAGAAAAAGAUAAGGAACCGAUUCCUUCCACAUCAGCAGCCCUGGCGGAACCUACGCCAAUGGAAAUUGAAGAACCUAUACGAGAAUUGGGCCCAGAUAUAAUAUCCGGUGGGCUUUUUGAAGGAGGUCUUUUUGAUGAUACACCUAUGGCAGAAAUAAGACCACCUGAAGUGAGCGCUAUUGAAGCGACGCCGACAGCUGAAGCUCCCGAUAGUGAUGAUGAUAUGGAUAGAUUUGGAGGACCACCUUCUGUUGGCGGAGCUAGUACGGAUGAAUCAAGGCCAGCAUCUGCAGUUCCACCAGCACCUGUUGUUGAAGCUAUACCUACGGCUCCACCAGUGGAAGAACCGGUACCAGAAGCCCCGAUUGAAGAACCCCAAAGUGUAGCACCUCUCGAACAAACAACUUUAUUACAAAAUGAAGAUGAAAGUUUCGCUCUACCGCCAGUUGAUGCUUCCGCAUUAAGAGGAUUUGCAAAAGCCAAACGUAAAAGAAAAUUAAUUGUCGAUGAAGUGAAAAACAUAUCUGGUGAAGAAAUGAAAAAUCAAUUAUCAGACACAAGUGAUAUUGUGACAACAUUAGAUUUAGCACCGCCCACAAGGCGACUGAUGCAUUGGAAAGAAACUGGAGGCGUUGAAAAAUUAUUCGCAUUACCAGCAAGAUCAAUUCCAGCUCGUUUAUUAUUCAAAAAUUAUCAGCGUCAUUUAACAUCACGCGCAUUCGGUACCGAAGAUUUUACAAUGCUUGGUGAUGCUGAAAUUCUUAAUAUCGAACAACAACGUGAAGCUGCUGAAGAUCAAUCGUUGGAUACGACUGGAAUUCCACGAAGGCUUACAAGAAAACGAAAAUAUCCAGCAGCUGAACCUGAGCAAAUGGCUCCACCCACACCAGCGCCAGCUCCAGAGCAAGAAAUGUCAAUACCACAAAUUGUUCAACCUGAAGAUUCUUUGGCAGCAAUGAUGCCACAAACGCCUAUGCGACCAGAAACACCAUUAAUGCCUCCCACACCCUUAUUACCACCUCCUUCACCCGCAAUGCCUCCUACACCUCAAAUGUCCCACAUAAAUGAAAUGCCUCCUACACCUGGAAUGCCACCCACACCUGGAAUGCCACCUACUCCUGGAAUGCCAGAAACACCUGGAAUACCAGAAACACCUGGAAUGCCAGCUACACCUGGUAUGCCAGCAACACCUGGAAUGCCUCCUACACCUUUAAUGCCAUCAACUCCAUUUAUGCCUGAUACUCCAAUGUCAGAAUUAUUACAACCUAACACACCUGCUAUGAUGAAUCAACAACCACUAUCCCCAGUUGCAAUGCCUCCUCCACCCACUCCAAUGUCGGUACCACUUCAAACGCCUAUGGAAGUAGAAAUGCCACAAUUAGAAGCAGAACAAGUCAGUUCGAUAUUGGAAGAAGGAGGGCAUAUUGAAACAUCACAAAUGGUUCCAACACCCCAACAACCUGAAAUAUCUUUAGAACAACAACAAAUGCCACCUCCACCAUUGCCAGAUAUGGCAAAUAUGGGCUAUGAAGAACACUUACCGCAACCCACUGGUGAAACGUCGGAACGAGUUAGUUCACCCCAAUGGCAUGGUGAUUAUGAGUAUCCUCAAUCAGAAGAACCAUUUGAAGAACAACAAGUGGAUGAAACUGUUGAACAAUUUGAAGAGAGAGUAUUAAAUAAGAGAGCAGCACAAUUGUUCUCCACAGUUAAACAAAAAUUACUACGAAGUGAUAGAUUAUAUUUUAUGGAGAUGGUUCAAAGAAACAACAAUCGAAAACAGGCUGCACAAAAAUUCUACAGUCUAUUGGUAUUAAAAAAAUUCCAAGUGCUAGAAUUACAACAAGAACAACCCUACGGAGAUAUAUUGGUGACUAAAGGAAAUAAAUUUGAAAAUCCAAUAUUAUAA